AUGAAAGGAGCAGUUUUCGCCUUGUUCUUCGCAGUCGCAAUUUCCAGCAGCUACGCAGCUACCACCACCGUCGGAUGCACUUGCCCCAAUCUAUUAACCGGAGUCGUCAACUUAAUCAGCCAGCUCCAGGACACCCUAGCUCCUCUAUUGAACCCCUUGGGCGGCUUGGGAAACCUGGUAUCCCAAAUACUAGACGCCGUUAAGAACCUUGUUGAACAAUUGGGAAAUGCUUUGUCCAACGGAAAUCUCUUGAGCGGUGUCAAUGAUCUGGUAGCCAACCUUCUCGGUCAACAUUAA